CCGUGCCCGCGCGUGGCCGACGCGGCCGGCGGCGCCCACGCCCGUCCCCGUGCGUGCCGGCACUCCGUCGCGGCGAGCUCCGCCCACGGCGGCGUGGCUCGCGCGGCCGGCGUCCGUUCCCGCGCCCGUGCUCGCGGCGAGCUCCGCCCACGCCCAUGGCUCGCGCGGCCGGCGCCCGUGCCCGCGCCGUCGACGAGGUUUGUCGCCGGAGCUCUUUUUGGAAGUAGCAACUUCCGGCAUGGAUGAAAAAAAGUGAGGAGUCGGCGCCGAGGUGCGGCCGACGUGUGCAACGGCGGCAGUUGGUCAGGCCGGUCAAAAUCCGGUGGCUAUUUCGGCCAUCUCCAUGGGAGAAAGAAACAGAGGAGAGAGAAGAUGUGGGGUCGGGCGGAUAUAAACGGAUGUCCACAGCCGCACCAAGUCGUCCGGGAGGACGCAAAAGCCUCCCAAAUUUAAGCCGGCUUUGGGUCGUGCCGGACCUCACGGACAGUCCGUUUUGCAUUUGGGUCUGCGCGUUGGAACGCGUUUUUACCCAAACUGACGCACGCCGGUAUCCGUUUUACCUUUUGCGUACCCGCGUUGGAGAUGCCCUAAGAUGCUCAUAGCCUGCCCUGAGUUGCUAGCGUGGGGUGGAUUGCAGCCCAUGAAGGUGCAGCCGAGUGGAGUUGUAUCGCUGAAGGCUGUACUAACUUAGCCCAAAACGUUUACGACAACACUCACAUGUUAGGUCCGCUCUCAUACUACUAUACUAAAGCUUAACAACUUCGAUUUUUCCUAGAGUUUUGAGUUUUUUUUGGAUGAACCUAGAGCUGACAGGUGUGUUCCUUUGUUAAUUUGAUUUACAUGGAUUCUUUUCUAAGUAUGGUUUGGUGCUCUUUAGCGUUUUAGGGAGUUGAUUUGACAUGUGAAGCUUCAUCCUUUCCUUUCCUGGUGUAUUGAUGGUGAUAUGUUCUGGUGCAUUGCUUGUGUGCACGUAGCUGAGACAUGGUUGAAACAGUGGCAUGACAUGAUUGUGGGGUAGUCCCCUGUCCUACAUGGUGCAUGAGCGUUGGGUAGGCACUUGAUGCUUUUGUCAUUUGCUUCUUGAUUUUGCACAAACUGUCGGUACGUGAAUUUUGCAUGUGACGCGUGGCUAAUUUUUUGCUUAGUUGUCCCAAUUUAGCAUGGAUAUGAUAGACACGUGUACUGUAUUUGUUUGGAGCUCCUGCCAGAGGCACCGCUUUGACCGGAUCGGUGAUCCUUUUUCUCCAACUCCACCAUGUGAACACCACUCCUUGCUCACUCCGAUUUGGGGCAGCGGCGCCGAAGAGAUAUUCCCGACGGCGUUAGGAACCGGUGGCGGCGCAAGCGUGUGUCCGGCAGUGCGCGAGGGCGUUCGGCCUGUCAGGUCCUUCUCUCCCUCCCUGGGCAGCCGAGGGUGCUCGGCUUCCGGAGGCGGCUGGACCUACCCCGCUCGAUGCCCGUGCUUCUUUGCCGAGCGUCGCGAUGGGCUGGUAUGAAGACGCUGCGGUCGCCAGCCAUCCGGUCUCAGCUGCCGCGGGAGGUGAGUUGCUGCAGCGCCAAAUUGUAAAGCCGGCGUCCCUCGUGUGCCGCGCCGUUGCUACUGUGGCGGCGGGGUAAGGCCGCCGCAUCGCCGGGAGAUCCUCCGGCACCACGAAGCUCUCCGCGGGGCUUGGAGGAGAUGGGGACUGCGGGGAAACUUCUCCGAGCUCGAGCGCAUGGCUGCAGAGGCAUGGGCGCGCGGGUCCGUGCCGUGGGAGGAAGCCGUCGCAUUCUCCGGCGACAUGGACUCCAUCCUCUCGGGCGUCGGCGCCAUGGGAGAGUGCCACGGCUCGCUCACGCUCGGUGGUGGCUAGCGCCAGACGACCAUGGUCCUGCCGUGUGGCCUGGCGGUGGGGUCGGCGAUGAUGCUGGUGGGGACGGCGGGCUCGGCACGGGCAGAGUACGUAGAGGCGCUGGAGCUUAGCGGGAAUGGGAACAGAACGGUGAUGGUGGCGCAGCUUGCGGUCGAGCUGCGCGGCCUGCACGCCUCUGACGACGAUGACUCGCCUAGGAUCCUCCACCUCAACUCGCGCUUGGAAGACUACUGGAGCCGACGGCCCGAGCUGGAGAUGAACACUUGCUUCCGUAUGCAGCGGGGCAAGGCGCAGCGCUGCGACGGUACCCCAUACAAGGACGACGACCGUGGUGUGAACAAUCGGAAUAUCUUUAACGAAGGUACACAAAGCAUCCAAAAACUGUGGCCACAUCAGAAAGACUCAAAUCGCCCCAGCUUGGAAGCUACCGCCUGAAGGUUUUGUAGAAGUCAACACCGACGCUUCCUUCAUUUUUGAAUCUGGGGUUGCUAGCACUGGAAUGGUCGCCUGGGAUCACCUCAGAAGCGUCAUCUUCUCUACCAGGCUGAAGAAACAGAAGUUGAGGCUAUACUGCAGGGCGUGCGUUUCAGCAUGUGGCCCAGGCAGCGAUUAAAGGGAUCAAUUACAAGUUGUACAAGUCCUCUCUGUGUCAUGUAUGGUUGUUUCCCAGAUUAAACGUAUUUGUAGGUAUUCUCUUUACUGUAGUUUUGUGAAGGUAGAUAGAGGCUGGAAUAGUGUAGCCCAUGAGUUGGCCUCCUUGGUGAGAGGUCCAGGUUUUGUCUAAAUCCUGGUACAGGCACAAUGCCGCAAGUUUUGUAAUCGAUUGUUAUACUAUGAGUGGAAGUAACAUAUAAGCACC